UUCUUUUGCACGUUCCCAGCCACAUAAAUCCCCAACGUAUUUCGCUUCCGUCUCCUUCUUCUCCUUCCAUGAACACCCAUUGCGACCAGCCUGUCUCUUCUUCUUGCUCUUUCAUGGAGAACUUGAGCUACUCUUCUUCACUCCUCCCUUACCCGUCUUCACCGCUGCUAUCUUCUUCAUCUCCGUCCUUGCUGUCACUGAACCCUAGGUUGACCAGUUUGGGUCCUUACAACACUGAAUUCGAAGGCCACGAUAAUAGCAACAACAUCGAGCAAAGUAGUGGUUAUCUGGGGUUGUUCACGUCGAACUCGUCGUCGUCGGACCACCAUCGCGUGCCGGACGCGCCCGUGGCAAACGAGAACGAUGCCGAGGACGCCUUGAAGGCGGCGAAGAAGAAGGGAGCUAAGAAGGUGAAGAAGCCAAAGUACGCUUUCCAGACGAGGAGCCAAGUGGACAUACUUGACGAUGGCUAUCGGUGGAGGAAAUAUGGCCAAAAGGCCGUGAAGAACAACAAAUUCCCACGGAGCUACUACCGAUGCACGUACCAAGGCUGCAACGUGAAGAAGCAAGUCCAACGACUGACCAAAGACGAAGGCGUCGUGGUGACGACCUACGAAGGAGUGCAUUCUCAUCAGAUCGAGAAGUCCACGGAGAACUUCGAGCACAUCUUGAGCCAGUUGCAGAUUUACAGUACCUCCCUUUAAUAGGUCACGAACGCCGUUGUUGCCGUUAAAUUUUCGUAUUCUGGGACAUCGAGAUAGUAGUUAUAUACAUAUUGUAUAUUGAAAAAAUGGGUUAAUUGACCACGUACCUUAUUUUGAACUACACAGUGUCUAAAGGAAAUAAUAUAUCCAGCUGAUUAUUUUUA